GUUUUGACAUUACUUUGCUAAUGCCAAUUUCGCUUCGCUCAUUCUCUUUGCUGUAUUGGAGUUCAUGUUGGGUUAUCUUUUUUGCAAAUAAAUAUGUAAUCAUAAGUUUAAAGUUUAACUUGGUGUAAUUUUCAUAAGUUAUCUUUAAAAUAAUACUUUGUAUUUAGUGAUCGGUGUAACAAACAAAACAUAAACCAUGCCACGAAUUAUGAUAAAGGGUGGUGUUUGGCGUAACACCGAGGAUGAAAUCCUCAAGGCGGCGGUUAUGAAAUAUGGAAAAAACCAAUGGUCUCGUAUUGCGUCGCUUCUGCAUAGAAAGUCUGCAAAACAAUGCAAGGCGCGUUGGUACGAGUGGCUCGACCCGAGCAUCAAGAAGACCGAGUGGUCUCGGGAAGAGGACGAGAAGCUUUUGCACCUGGCCAAGUUGAUGCCCACACAGUGGCGCACUAUCGCCCCAAUUAUAGGGCGUACUGCCGCGCAAUGCUUGGAAAGAUACGAAUACUUGCUAGAUCAAGCCCAAAAGAAGGAGGAGGGAGAGGAUAUGGGUGAUGAUCCUCGCAAGCUGAAGCCUGGUGAAAUUGACCCCAACCCUGAGACCAAGCCUGCUAGGCCUGACCCCAAGGAUAUGGAUGAAGAUGAACUGGAGAUGCUGUCAGAAGCGCGUGCUCGUUUAGCCAACACGCAGGGUAAGAAAGCUAAAAGGAAGGCGCGAGAAAAGCAGCUAGAAGAGGCAAGACGUCUUGCUGCUUUGCAAAAGAGGAGAGAAUUGAGCGCUGCUGGCAUUGCUGUGCCAAUCAGGCGUAAAAAGAAGCGUGGUGUAGAUUAUAACUCGGAAAUACCAUUUGAGAAGAAGCCGGCUUCUGGUUUCUACGACACCUCCACAGAAGUGGUAGAUCCUAUGGCGCCUGAUUUUUCAAGGCUUAGGCAACAACAUCUUGAUGGAGAACUACAUUCAGAGAAGGAAGAGAGGGACAGACGUAAGGAUAAGCAAAAGUUAAAGCAACGCAAGGAGAAUGACGUGCCCCAAGCCAUGUUGCAAGGAGAUCAGCCGGCACGUAAGCGCAGCAAACUGGUGCUACCUGAACCGCAAGUCACUGAUCAGGAGCUGCAGCAGGUGGUGAAGUUGGGUCGUGCGUCGGAGGCGGCGCGCGAGUGUGCGGGCGGGGGCGGGGCGGGCGGCGCGACGGACGCGCUGCUGGCCGAGUACGCCAUCGCCCCCGCCACACCCGCCGCGCUGCGCACGCCCGCCCAGCAUCAGGACAGAAUCCUGAUGGAAGCGCAAAACGUGAUGGCUCUAACACAUGUGGACACACCCCUCAAAGGAGGUCUAAACACACCGCUACAUCAGACAGACUUUUCUGGUGCCUUACCACAGUCGCAAGCCGUCGCGACGCCAAAUACUGUGCUCAUCACACCAUUCAGGUCAUCACGCAGUGAAGUAUCGACUCCGGGUAGUUUCAACACGCCCAGUCAAGCUGCAGCUCAACCAGGUCUAACUACCCCAGGACUUCGUGACAAAUUGAGUAUUAAUCCAGAAGACAGACUUAGCACUGGCGACACACCUCAAGUUGCUAAUCAGUUGCAAAAACAGCAAAAAGCGUCCGUCCGUAGCGCCCUGUCCUCGCUACCUACUCCGCGCAACGACUAUGAGAUCGUGGUGCCUGAUCAGGACGAUGAGCCUAUGGAGAGCUCCAGCUCCGAUAUGCAGGUGGAAGACCAGGCUGAUGCCGACGCAAGGCUGCAGCAGGAACAGGAGGAAAUACGUGUGGCGGCGCUGAAGCUGCGUUCGCAGGCGGUGCAGCGCGGGUGCGUGCGUCCGGCCGAGGUGAACGCCAGCGUGGUGCGCGGCGCCGCGCCCGCGCCCGCGCUGUCCGCGCUGCAGCACGCUGAGGAACUGCUCAAGCACGAGAUGCUCACCAUGCUGCACUACGACGCGCUGCGGGACCCGCCGCCCGGAAUAGACAAGAAACGAGCAGUACAGUUACAGGCGUCGCACUUAGCGUACUUGGAACAGAAUCCGUACGAGGAGUUCUCUGCUGAGGAAUUGGAAGCCGCUAAAGCUGAGAUGAAGAAGGAGAUGGAAAUAGUGAAGGCUGGCAUGGGCCACGGAGAGCUGAGCAUGGACGCCUACACUCAAGUCUGGGAAGAGUGUCUUGCGCAAGUUCUCUUCCUGCCGGGUCAAAACAGAUACACUCGUGCCAAUUUAGCUAGCAAAAAGGACAGAUUGGAAUCAGCUGAGAAACGGUUGGAACAAAACAGGAGUCACAUGGCUAAAGAAGCUAAGAAAUGCUCCAAAAUGGAGAAGAAACUAAGGGUGCUAACAGGUGGAUACCAGAGCAGGGCAGCAUCCCUAAUCAAACAGUUCCAAGAAUUACAAGACCAGAUAGAACAAGCCAACUUGGAACUGUCUACAUUCAAGUUCCUUGCUGAACAAGAAAAAGCAGCCAUUCCACGUAGGAUAGAGUCACUAACUGAAGACGUGAACCGUCAAACUGACAGAGAAAAACAACUGCAAAAAAGAUAUUCAGAACUUCAAACUGAAUUAGAGGAUCUACACAAAGGCAGGCAGCCCAAGGAAGUGGAAUCUAAAGUUGCUGAAGAGUAGAAUAUAAAUAAUUACAUAUAUUAUUGAAUGACAGAUAGAGUUGAUUCCAAUGUGGUUUAAAUAUAUUUGAUGUUCAAUCUUGCUGAUGGAGCUUGCAUUCGUUUGUUGUAGACUGGAUGAAUUUAACAAACCACUACAGGGUGAUUAAACUAUACUUAGAUCAUGACUGAUUUGAAAUUUUUGUAAAACCUAUGUCUCGUCAAAAGUGUGUAUUGCUAGCAAAAGGAUAGAAGCCAGAGAUCAGACAGUUUUAAACUAUGUUUACAAAAAUUUCAAAACAAUCUUGAGCUAAGUACAGCAGCUAUAUUACAAUUAUAUAAAAUUUUGUUUUCAAUGUUAUGUCUUUAGUAAAGCAAGCUUCCCAUACUCUCACUCGAUGGAACUUCUAUAUGUUUUAUUGUUUCCUAUGUACUAGACUGACGAGAAUCGGAAAUAAAACGUAAUAAUAAGAGCAA